AUCAUGUUCAAGCUUGCACUCCCUAUGCGCGCACGCGCCUUCACCACCGUACGAAGCCUGAGGAAGGAUGGACCCGCCAAAGCAUUCGAGGCAGAUGGCAAAAUUGGAUCACAAUUCAGCGGAAAGGAGGGAUUGAGUAAAGCAGUCGACGAGAACAUUGGUGGGCCUUUCAGCAAGGACGGAGCAAUUGGCAAGCACUUCACUAAGGAAGGUGCUGUAGGUGGCAAGGUCCAAGAAGCGGCUGAGGAGGCUGAUAAGAAGGAUGGUUCCACCAUCGUCCACAAGAAUUUGCCUUAGACAGUGAUGACCUAAUCGAAUGCUCCACCUAUACUAUAUCUACAAUGACUUCUCUUUUGCCUGCGAAUCGCUUCAUCCGUGCUUGUAAGCAGCAGGUCGCUGGGCUAAACUUAGUCGACAAGACUUGUCUCGUUGUCGGCGGUACGAAUGGUAUCGGCAAGCAGGUUGCUUUGACACUUGCUUCGCGCGGUGCCAGCGUCGUCGUGGCCGGUCGUAGCCUCGAGCGUGGCUCUCAAGUCCUCGAACAGCUGCGUAAUCAAAGCACAAAGAGCACCAUUACAGAUAUACCUACUCGCCACCAUGCGUUUGAGCGUGUGGACUUGCUUUCACAGCGUGACGUCAAGCGCUUUGUGUCUUCCAUCAAAGAGAAGCAUGCUGUGGAUCAUGUCUUCUUAACUGCUGGAAAGCCUCCAAAUGGGCAAUGGUCAUCGACAGAAGAUGGCGUUGAGACGCACUUUGCACUGCAGUGCUUGGGUCGGUACUCGGUUGCCUGGGGACUCAGAGACACAGUGACGCAAGGUAUCACGACUGUCUGUGCACCGGGUGGUGGUUCAUCAUGUCCAGCAGAAGAUCCUGAGUAUCGCAAUCAUCGCAGUGAAUACGGUUUCUUCAAGCAAGCUGGUCGUGACUCGCUCUAUGUGGAUGCCAUGCUACUAGCACUUUCAAAGCAAGCUCCCAAACUACGCAUCAUGCAUCUCUUCCCAGGUGCAAUCGCCACAACCGCUGCAGAGACGGCAGGCUUCCCUUGGAUCAUCACACUGCUUGCAAGGAUCUUUUCGCCGUAUGUGAUGACAGAUGCAGCUGAGUAUGCGCAUGUGCCUGUUGCUGAAGCGUUUGGUGGCCCUGCUGGGUUCUAUGGUCGCGAUCAGUACGGCAGGGAUGUAUCGCCCAAGCCAUGGGCUCAAGAUGCAACGAAUCAGGAGAAGGUGGUUGUCUUUUCAGAGGAGCGUAUCAAGGAAGCGCUUUCUGCUUAAAUAUGUGACUGUUGCAUUUCAUGUACAGAGAAGCAUACAUGUAGAUUUAGAUCAUCUACGUACUUUGCUCCCCUGUUAUUGCCUC